AUGAUCAAUAGAAUUGCAUUGAAAUCAGCUGUUAGACCAGCUUCAAGAUUGGCAUUCAGACAAGCUCCAAUUGGUGUUAGAUUUAUGUCUACUCCUACUCCUGCACAACAAGAUCCAAAACAAAAAGCAUCAUCAAUUAUUGAAGCAUUACCUGGCACUUCAUUAUUAUCAAAAACUGGUAUUUUAGCUACUUCAGCAGCAGCUGCAAUUUAUGCAAUUUCAAAUGGAUUAUUAAUUAUACAUGAUGAAACUAUUUUAGUUUUAACAUUUGCAUCAUUUACUACAUUAGUUGCUAAAUUUGUUGCACCAUUAUAUACUGAAUGGGCAGAUGGUGAAAUUAAAAAAGUUAGGGAUAUUUUAUCUCAAUCAAGAGAAAAACAUGUUAAAGCAGUUGAGUCAAGAAUUGAAAAUGUUGGACAAUUAUCAAAUGUAGUUGAAGAAACAAAAGAUUUAUUUAAUUUAUCAAAAGAAACUGCAAAAUUUGAAAGUGAUUCAUUUGUUUUAAAACAAAAAUUGGCAGUUCAUAAUGAAGCUAAAUCUGUUUUAGAUUCUUGGGUUAGAUUUGAAAAUCAACAAAGACAAAUUGAACAAGAACAAUUGGCAAAUUUUGUUAUUGAAAAAGUUCAAAAAGAUAUUGAAAAUCAAAAAUUUCAAGAAAGAGUUUUACAAGAAGCUUUAAAUGAUGUUGAAAAAUUAUUUGCAAAAAAAUAA